AGGUGGUCGGAAAAUCCCCUUUGACUCGAAGAGUUGGCACGUUGGGAGGGCCGAUCAGAUCCACUGGCGACCACACGAAUUUGCCGCAGAUAAGGACCUAACAUAUUGCCAAACUAGUCUAUGCGGUUGGCUGGAAGUUUCGCCCAAGUGUUGUUAAGUGCUGCAAAGUUGGCCGUGAUAGUUAAGUGCACUCGUAACUGAAACUCGGCCCGCUCGCCUGCCUCCUGAAAGUUUUUUUGGCCCCUAACUCUUCACCAGCGCCUCGCUCUUUCCGGCCUGUCAAAAUGUUGUGGCCCAACCACUGAAGUUUUGACAACAGAAUUUAGUUAAGCAAAGCUGCCGCCGCGGUUACAUAUUCCCUUCCGGCCGAACUGCAGAGUGAAGUUUGUCGAAAAAAAGCCGAGAUUGCCGUGCACUUUUUGCAGCCUUUCGAUCCCCGUUUGGUUAACUACGUGAAGCGCCAGCAAAGUGAACAGAUUGAACGUGUGAUGUGAAUGCUCUGCCAUGGAUCUAAAGACUGGCUCUCUCCUGGUAGCGCCCGCCGUGAAGAACUCCAGUUGCUCGCACCCGCGCUACUCGGGCCACAACUUCAUCGCCCACAUAGGCAUCGCGGAGACGAUCGAGGCGGUGCUGAUUCUGGUCCUGACCCUGGGCGUCAUCGGGGCCAACUGCCUGGUCAUCUUCGUCAUCAACAACCGCCGCUAUGCGGCCUACAUACACCAACAGCCCCGCUAUCUGCUCACCUCGCUGGCCCUGAAUGACCUGACAAUCGGUCUGUUAAUUACGCCAUUCGGUCUAAUGCCGGCAUUGUUUCACUGCUGGCCGUACGGAGAGAUCUUCUGUCAGAUACAGGCUCUGCUGCGCGGCGCGCUUUCCCAGCAGAGCGCCGUCAUCCUGGUUUGCAUGGCCGUCGACAGAUAUAUGUGUGCCCUGCAUCCGCGGCGCUACUACCAGCACUCCAGCAAGAAGGGCUGUGUGGCCAUACUGAGCUUAACCUGGAUUAUCAGCCUGACGGUGUUUGGCUUCCUGGUGCUGCCCAAAGGUUACUACUUCAACAAUACGGGGCUAAUGGCCUGCGAGCCCUUCUACAGCAAGCCCUCGUACAGGAUACUGUCGACGUGCGCCCUCUACUUUCCCACGACGAUGGUGCUGAUGUACUGCUACGGCUCCAGCUUCCACAUGAGCCGCUUCCGGCUGAACGACCCGACCAUGCCCCUCACGGCGGCCGCCCACCAUCCCCAUCCGCACCCACAUCCCACCGCCGCCCAGCAGCUCCAGAUACAUCAGCAGCAGCAUCAGCAGCAUCAACACCACCAGCAGCAACACCAUCAGCAGCAGGCGGGGCUGCACUCGCACCUCUACCACGGCCACUCGCACCACCCAGGGCUUCCCGGCCACCCCAGCCACCCACAUCAUCCGGGACACCCAGGCCAUCCCCACCAUCACCUGGGCCAUCUCAGCAUGGCCAUGAGCAUGGGACUGGCCGGCAUGCCGAACAUGACAAACAAGAUUACCAAAAAGAUUGUUCCCAUCCAGGAGAAGAACUCGAGUGGCUCCACCUCCCGUUCGAUGGCCGCCAUUUCGCUGGGCUUCAUAGUAAUGGUCACUCCGUGGACGAUCCAGGAGAUAGUCACUGCCUGCACGGGGUCAAAGCUGCCGCCCUUUCUCGAUUUCCUGGUCACCUGGACGGCGCUGAGCAAUAGCUUGUGGAACCCCUUCAUGUACUGGCUGCUGAACUCCGACUUCCGCCGCCUGAGCCGCCAACUGAUGCCGAACAGAUGUUUCCCCCACGAGGAUACGCCCGAGCACAAAUCAGGCUGUUGUCACAUCAAUGCUAACGAUUUCGAAAUCACAACGCUUCCGAUUCCCCCGGAACCGCCAUCGUCCAGGCCGCCAGGAGGAGGAGGUUCAUCCAGCGGCGGGGGAGGAGGAGGCAAUGGGACAGCCAGUUCUGGCGGCGGCGGAGUGGCCAGUUCGAUUGGUGGCUCUGUCCUGGGGAUUUGCGCCCGCUCGCGGGCCAAUAGUUUGAGCCGCAGUGCCUCCCAGUACAUCCGGGGCACUGGACUCGGCCUCCAUGGCCACCAGGAGGCCUUCGCCACCACGCGACCCGACAUCGAGGGCCUGUCAGAGAAGUACUGGGGCGAGAUCCUGGAGAGAACUGUCAGCUCGGGCAACCUGAGUGCCAUGCAGAAGAACCUGCCGCCCCACCUGCCCUACACCCACCACCUGGUGCACCAGGUCCACCAGCCGCAGCAGCACCAGCAGCAGACCACCUCCUUCAGCAAGGCCAGCGAUCUCCAGCUGAAUCUGAAUCUCAGCCAGGCGGCCACCGCCGCCGAACUGGGCAAGUUCUCCAACUCGGAGCCCAAGCUGUGCGAGCACCUCUUCCACCACGACGCCAACUGCGCCAAGAGCAAGGCCGCCAACGGAGCGGCUCUGGAUGGGGGGGAGUCCUCCGGCAAGCUCGCCUGCGGGCGCAGCAUUCCGGACAUCUAGUACGCCGAGGACGUGAUCUUGGCCAAGAACCAACUGCUGGCCCGGCAGGCCAAGUGCUCGCACCAUCCGCUGCACCAGCAGGCCAGGAUUAGGAGUCAUCCGCACACAGGCAGUCUGCGAUUCAGCCGGGUUCGCGCCGCCUGCCACAGUCCUCCGCCGGAGAAGUCGGGAUUCCCGUUGGCAGAGUACCGGAAGUAGGUUGACAGGCUACCAGGAUCUGGUAGCCAGGCGCAGAUUAGGGAGUGAGAUCAAGUUCGAGCGAGUAUCUUUAAGAUUCCUUAGCUGUAUGUGCGUGUGAGUGUCUAUAUAAUAUCGCAUGAGCAAACCAUAUAAUAUGUGUGUUGUCUAAGGCUUAAGAACUAGGAGAUCAUAUGGGGCAGGUAGGAUUUUUAGCUUCACAGAAGUCUCAGUAAAGCAAAAGGGGUUGUAAGAGGCACUUUGAUUUUACCUAUCACACCUGAAAAAGUAUUACCCCGAAUUUUACAAAUUUUUUUCAAUUUCCAAUGGUUAUGGUAUUGUUUAAAAAAAUACACCCACUAGAUUAAAUAUAUUUGUUUAAAUAUUAAAAACUAAUUUGUCUUCGACUUUAAAUGUUUGAAACUGAAGGAAAACACUUUCCUAUUUUAUAGGGUUUAACUGCUCUUAAACAUCAUGCAUUUUUUGUGAAAGUGAUAACCUAUAGCCCGCACAGACCUAAUAAAGAGAACUAAAGUACUUUCACUUUGAAGAAUCCCAAGUCUCAUUAGCUGGACUGUCCUGCGUUGUAAACCUUCGCCCCUCCAGUAGGAAGGAAAAGUUAAGCAGACGUUAACCAUAGUAAGUGUUCAUUCAAUGUUUGUGAUACCCUGAGUUUCCCAGCCAAAAAGUACAUAUAAAUUAAUCGUAAAUGUUGUGUGUUUGUGAAUCGGCUAAUUAGACAUAGAAUACGGUAUAUAUGGUAAAUGGUUUUGGCCAACUUGGUUGGCUUCCCAGCCCAGCCCAGGGGCACAAGAAAACAAAGAGAUAUCAGACUUUCCUCUCAGAUCCCGCUCGAAAUUCGCAGGACCCCUUUCCCCCCAUUCUCUACCACUUAAGGACUAAGGAUCUACAUGUGUAGGCUCUCUGACAUUGGCGGACCCUAAAGCGUUGUGGUUAAUCAUAGUUCUAGUUCCAUAGCUCGAGUCGUAUACCAAAUUACUCACUGUUCUACGAAUCGAAAUCAAAUCCUAACUUUGUGAUUGUCAAGAAUUUAAGUCGGUUGGUGUGAACAUUAUUGUUGAAUCAUUUUUUAUUUGUAGCUAAGUAAUGUAAUAGUUAAAGCAUAAAUAAAUUUACUCUUUAAGUACAUCUAAUUUUAGUUAAUUUAACGCAAGAUGUGUAAUAAAUGGUAUUAUAAAUAGGCAAACAAGGAAUGAUUCAAAUCAAAAUAAAUAAAUAUCACUAAAACGA